UUAUUUUACAGAUUGUUUCUAAUACUAUAUACAUAACAGAAAAUCGGAUAUACUUAAAUGACCACAAAAAGCGAUAGAGAGAUAUUAGAAAAUUCAAUGCUUGAAGAUGAUCCAAACGGUAACUCUGCUUUAGAGCAAACUUUUACAGAACAAACAUCACCACGUUGGGGCCCACAACAUAAAGGUGCACAAGAGUUAGCCAAAUUAUACAGUCCAGGUAAACGGGCUCAAGAAUUUAUUUGUGUUUACACUUGCAUUGCGUUGAUGAUAAUAGAUUUUAUGCUAAUACUCAAGCAUAUACAUUUCGAUAGGCUCAGUAUUGCUUGUAUAUCGGCGAUUUGUGGCAUCAUAACAGCUGACUUUGGUUCUGGACUCGUGCACUGGGCUGCUGACACUUGGGGCACAGUAGAUUUACCUAUUAUUGGCAAAAAUUUUUUACGUCCUUUUCGAGAACAUCACUUGGAUCCCACAUCAAUAACACGUCAUGACUUUAUUGAGACUAAUGGCGACAAUUUCAUGAUUAGCAUACCAAUUUUAGGAUUCCUUGCUUAUAGUUUCAAUACUAAAUCUCACAGUGAUAUACAGCAAGAUUUCUGGUGGAUUUCGUAUUUAUUUUUAUGUUCAAUUUUUGUUGCAAUGACAAAUCAGAUUCAUAAAUGGUCACACACGUACGUUGCUUUACCAAGAUGGGUAUUAUUUUUACAAAAUUAUCAUAUCGUGUUGCCACGCAAACAUCAUCGUAUACAUCAUGUGGCGCCUCAUGAAACUUACUUUUGCAUAACAACUGGUUGGCUGAACUGGCCUCUGGAAAAAAUAAGAUUUUGGUCUACGCUAGAAAUAAUAAUUGAAUCUAUAACUGGUUAUAAACCUCGUGAUGAUGAUCUCAAAUGGGCAAAAAAAAUUACAUAGCUAGGAAUGUGAAUGUUUAAGCGGUUGGGUGUGGGCCGUCUAUAACUGUCUGUGAAUAUUGAAUGACUGGUUGGACCAAUCUACAUAUAACAGCACACCAAAUGAAUUCACACAUACACGCGCUUACACCUUCACAAAUAUACACAUCUAUUUUGUUACAGACACUGUAUACAGUAAAUAGUUCGUAAAGAAGUAAGUUUUUACGAUUAUUAUAUCUGUAUAUAUUAUACUACCUGAUAUAAACUCUGUAUAAGUAAAAAAAUUUCUGUAUUGCUGAAUGUACAAAUUUUUACUUAG